AUGCCGGUGACGUGCAAAAUCUCACUUGUUCCUCUCUCUCCACAUUGGCCACUCGACAAGUGCCCACUCUGUGACUCAUCCGUUUACGGAUACUGCUCAGACCGGCUCUUCCACGAUGCCUGCUGCUGUGAUAGACCAAACGGCGGAUCGGGGAUUUUUGGUGCUUCCUGCCUCUAUACAGACUGCUCAUUCCUGUAUGCCAAUUCGUGCUGGGAGCACGAUGCCAUAACAAAUUGCUGCUGCAAUCAAUAAACUUCUUGCAUUUUGGAUCAAAAUGAACACUUAGAGCAUAUAUUUAUUGGAUCUUUCCCAUGGUACAGAGGAAAUUUCUGAGUCAAUCUCGAGGGCGAUGGUC